UAGAGAGCUGUAUAGAAGGCAAGAAGCACCUUCUCCAGCUGAGGCAUACUUAUUUCAAAUUCCUGGGAGAGAUCAAAGACACAUAAUGAUCAUGAAAAUCAUAUUGUUCCUAGCUGUGCUGUCAUUACUGGACCUACCUUUUUGCUCUAACAAACAAGAUUUUCCUGAUAUAGACAAUCCUCAGUUUAUUGAAGAUUGCGUGAGAAGUCAUAACCAUUUUCGAUCUAGGGUGAAUCCAACAGCCAGCAACAUGCGCCGCAUGUCCUGGGACUCCGCUUUGGCUAAAACUGCCAGAGCAUGGGCAAAGAAAUGUCACUUUGAUCACAACAUCUAUCUUAAAGUACCAGGAAAGGUACAUCCCACCUUUACUCCAGUUGGAGAAAACAUCUGGACUGGCAGUGGCUUAUUUUCUGUGAAUGCAGCCCUUACUGACUGGUAUGAUGAAGUCAAUAUGUAUGAUUUUGAGAGCCGUGCCUGUACUCGCGUGUGUGGCCAUUACACCCAGGUUGUUUGGGCCAAAAGUUACAAAGUUGGCUGUGCAGUUCAGUUCUGUCGUAGAGUUACAAAUUUUCCUGGUAUCUCCAAUGCGGCACAUUUUGUUUGCAACUACGGACCUGCUGGGAAUUAUCCAACAAAACCUUACACAGCGGGAGCAACAUGCAGUCAGUGCAAUGGUGAAAAGUGUCCAGGCAACCUCUGUGAAAACCCAGAACGUGAGCAACUGAUAAAUUAUGACAACUGGUAUCCAGACUGGGAUACAACUCCACACCUCCCCUUUCCUAGGCCUCCAUACCCUUCCACUCCUUCAUCCCCCAGCCCUUCUGUGCCUUCACGCUCCUUUUGUGACCAAUACUGUAUUGUUGUUUUAGUUUUAAGGCUACUGUUUGUGUUUCUGGUCUUUGGUGCUGUCUUUCUAGUACAGUGGCAGUAUCCUCAAUUAUAUAUCUAUGAAUAAUCUCCAUUUCAAGAUAUUCAGCAGCACUGUUUAGUACUGUUAUAUCACUGAAGCAAGGGAAUUACACAGAAGAACAAUACAGGCAGGAUUGUUUUUAUAACAGAAAAAUGUUAACCCCCAUUAUUUGAUAUUUUAGCCUUUGAGCAUCACUAUACUUUAAAUUUUUUACCACUAUUCUUAUCUGUGUCCAAGAUAUUUUUCCCCCUUCAAGAAGAGGGAGAAACAGAAGUAAAAUUAUCCCCCAUUAAGAUAUUUAGGGAAGAUCUGCCCCUUUUAGCUCCACAGAAUAUUGCCUGACCAUUUAGACUCUAAUGAGUCUGUUGACAACUCUCAGUAAACACAAACACAUACUACAAUGUGCUAUUUAAGGAUCCACUUCCCACUUCUUGUCAGAGUCAGAACUGCUAGACUGCCUAGCAUAGAAGCUAGACCAAUGAUUCUCAAUGAGGGUGCUGGGAGACCCUGAGCUACUCCUGGAUCUUUUAAAAGGUAUGUGAAUCUGAGGUCUGAGGAGAUAAGUGUUAGCAGAUAAACAGCUGAACUAGCAGAAAACCUCAGGCUCAGGCUUAUCCCUGCCUGGAUGAUCCCCUACUUACACUGCCAGGCCCCUCCAUAAGGAAGUAAGCAUUGCAAUUUAUAAAUUCAUUUUUGAAAUUGGGUGCCACUCAAAUCACAGAAGUUAAGGAGGGGUGCCUCAAGUCCAAAAAGAUUGAGAACCAGUGGGCUGGACUAUAAGCUAGUGAUUGUCAACCAAGGUACCACAGCACCCUAACAUGCCUUGAUCCUUUCAAGGGUGAUGCAGGGUGCUACACAAUGUUAACACUGUUAGGUAUGCUAAUGAGAUUUAUCUGUUAAACUUGUAUCUUUUCAUUAGCAAUCCAUAGCGUUAAAAACAGUCUGACCUGCUGUGGCUUUGAGUUCUCUGCAACCAAAGAAUUGCUCUAUUGGUUUUUCUGUAGUCAAAAACCAAGUGAAAACUUAUAGAGCUUACAUUUUCUGAGGGGUGCCUCAAGUCUACCCACAGGUGUCUUGAGUCUCUCCAGGGGCGUAGUGAGUCUAAACAGGUUGGGAACCACUGCUAUAAGCUACUAAUGGAGAUUCUUCUUUAACUUACAUCUUAGUUUUGGGAGCUAGAGAAAUCCAAAUCCAGCAAUACAAAGCUUCUGGCGGCCACUGUAUUCAUAACAAAAUGUGAUUCUGGGUGGUCACAGACGUGUUACAAUACUACACAGUGUUAAUAGGUGAGAAGUAUUAAAUGAUUCUCAUAUAAUAUAGUUCUUUGUGUUAAAUUUGAAUCCUUUUAGCUUGCAUGCUUGUAGCUUUAUUGGGCCUUUAACUGAGAAUUUUCUCAACAGGGCUAGGUAGCCUAGUCCUAGGACACCCAGUUUUGAUUAAAGGUUCAAGUCAGCUUGUUCAAGCUCGUCUGACAGAAUGAAACAAAAAUGUCUUCUUUUUUACCAUAUUUGUCAACAUUUUCAUCAAAUAACAUUGUAAACCUUUCAGGAGGGGGUAAAAAAAGAGUUCAGUGCUCAGAGACAUGUCCCUCUGACAUUCUCUGUGGAGGCUCCCAUUGUAGCUUUAAUGAAAAUUCAAUGCCUCUUAGGAGUUAGUUUCCGAAUUCGGGUAAGAUCUCCCCAACAGACUGCUCAUCUGUUAAAAAUUCUGAGGAUUUUAAGACAUAGGGAUUCCAAGUUGUAAGAUUGCUUAUUUCUGUUUGGAUCACAGAAGCAAAUCGAGCUAGAUCUUGGGUUAUUCUUUGUUAGCAAGAUCAUCAUUUCAUAAUUUUAAUAAAGUUUGUUUUUGUUUUCACCAAAUUGGAGGACUCAUUUUGCUGAGAACAGGGGCUGUCAAAAGUAACCCUAAGACCCUUAAAUCUCCUUCAAGGGUCAACAAUAGUAUUUUACAAUUCUGGGUCUUUUGCCUGCUAUGUUCUUUUAUACAAGAGAUUUAAGAAAUAUUAUGUACACAAGCCAUUUCUCAACAGAAUUUCAGUUGAAUAAAAUUGGAAAAAAUAAAAAUGCUUUUUACCUUGGAGAAAAAAAUCCAUCAGCCCCCCAGC